CGACUAACAAUUCCCCCCAGGUCCACCUCUAACGAUAGAAAGAUAACCGAAAUGGAGGUUCCAGCUGAGAAGGCGCAGCAGCACCAGGUUGCAUGCUUUAGCUGCCGUGCAUCGAGGCAGAAGUGCGAUCGCCAGGAUCCUUGUUCUCGCUGCGCUUCUCAUGAUCGCAUUUGUAAAUAUCCAGCUCGUUCGAACCGGGGUCGUAAGCAUGGUAGCACAAACAAACCAGAUAGUGUAGAAAAGCUCCUCGCUCGCAUCGAAGAAAGCGGUGCUCGCGAGGAAGUCCUCACAGCUCUUCUAGGUCAAACUCUUCCCAGUCCAAAUACAACAGUGUCUAUAAGAGGAACGCCGUGGACACAUGGACAGGGUACUGAUUCAGCGCCUGAACAUGACCAUGACACGAGUCAAUCGUCGCAUUCUGUCACUCAUCGACGCUCAGUCAGUUAUGACGAGAGUGAUGAUGCUGAUGGCUUGGUCUCACCCAUAACUAUGGUCACUGCUGCUAUUUCGAUGAGUUCCUCUGCGGCUUGCGACAGACUGAGAUCUCAGAUGCCGAUGCAGCCGGGUCUGCGUGAAGCUAUCAUGGCACCAAUAAAAGAAAGACUCGCUUUGUAUUUUGCUCCACAUAGAGCCCAGCAAAAAGAUUGGGAGAUUCUUGCAACCCAAGCAGUUGACUCUCCUUUCAAGUUGGAGAGAGAUACUUGCGAUCCUCUUGCUUCAAGGUUGAUCGAUGAUAACGACGCUUCACUAUACUUCCAACUAUUCUUCCAGAUUCGCCAUCCUUUGAUCGGCCUUCUAGACGCCACAUUACAUACCCGCGAAUAUGUCUAUGGGUGCUCAUUCACCCUAUUUUCCGUGAUCUGCGCUCUGGGGUGUGCUGUCUCAGCACGUCCUCGCGACCGAGCCAUAUAUCCCGUUCUAUCAUCAUUAGCCAGCGGUAAUAUCAGAUGGUGUAUCGCCGCGUCGGUAAAAUCCCUCUCAACGAUCCAAGCCAUUAUCGCCUUCCAAUACUGGGCCCCUCUCGCCGCAAGGCAGGCAGAUGAUCCAUACUGGCUAACACUAAGCCAUGCUGUUCAGUUAGCCAAAGAGAUGGGAAUUAACAGAUCAGACGUUGUGAAAGAAUAUGUCAACGCAGAAUUUCCAAAUGCUUCGCCAGAGCUGACCGAUAGGUGUGCCAGAAACUAUGAGAGAGCGUGGCUAUAUACCUUUAUCGUAGAUAAAGGCUUCGGGGCCCUGAAUGGCCGCUUGCAGUGUAUGAGCUGGAAGGCAGUACCCCGUACUGCGGUAGAUUGGUGGAAAUCACCUAUGGCAGAACCAACAGAUCGUAUCAUCAGUGGAGUGAUCGAGAUUAGGGGAUUAUUGCUCCAAGCAAUGGAGAAACGUAGACAUAUAAUCUCGACACCAGCUUCAAUCCUAGAGUGGCACAAAGAAGCGUACGACCGCCUAACCAGCGUCCGCAACGAACGCUGUCAAUCCGAUGACCUACCAUCUUCGAAAUAUCUCCCUAUUCUCGCUUUCUAUAUGGAUCACAGUAUUCUGGUCUUUAACGCUCAGGCUUUGCGAGACUUAACCGCCUCUGAAGAUAGUGCGACAGCAUCAGCACUUUUGAUCAUCCAGAGAAAGAACAUCGAAGUUGCUGGUCGUAUCUUUGACCAUUUGGUAACAGACAAAACAAUGAACGACGUCUCAGUUGGCUUUCAGAAUAACCAAUUCAUUAUGAUCUGCCACGCUAUGACUGAGAUACUUCGGGCUGUAAAGAAAGGCGGUAUCACACCAGAAGAAACUGCCGCCGCUGCAGAAAAAGUCAUCAGCGUUAUUCCCUUCUUUGACCGCGUAGUACAACAUCUUCCAGCAUCCUCAGCCGUGCACCUUUACUUUGAUCUUGCCCGUUUCUUUGCAUGUCAGAUCGACUCUUUGAUUGCGGCACCUGAUUCACAAGCUACGCGAGAAACGAUUGAUCAAGGAAUGUUUACAGAUGAGUGGUUCAAGUCUGUGGAUUCGGGUGUGCCAGAUGUUGCGACGUUUAUAGAUAUGGGGUAUUUGGGGAUGGAUCAGUCGAUGAUGGAUGUAAAUGGUUUUUUCGACUUUAAUGACUUCAAUGGGAUGGCAUAAGGGUUUGACGGCAUAGGUGUUGGGGGUCAGGCGUAGGUAUUUUACGGUCAGCUAUACUAUAUCGAGCUUAAGACACUUCAAAUCCCAACUCAUCGGUUUCAGAUCUUGCCCAUCUUCUCCUGAUGCUGGGGACCUUUCUUUCGCACCUCUCAAGCUGUCGAUCUUCCACCGUCUUACUCCAAGUACGCAAAAGGAUGCAGCAAUGUACAUAAAUCCAGUAAACAGCUGCGCGCCCAAGUAACUCCCUGUUCCUGUAUAAAUCUCCAAAGCAAUAGGCGCACUGAACGUCGACGGAGCAGCCAUAGCAACCCAAAGGCAACUCAACGCCGAGGCUAGAUUCUCCAGACCCAUGACCUCGACGAGGACAGGUGAUAUGUUAACCCAGAAGACACCAGCUGAUAAACCCCCGACAAGUGCAAAGGUGAGCAGGACACCAAAUGACUUUGCGUUAAUCCAUAUCGCAAAGGUCAAAAUUCCGGUGAUGAGAGACAUGAUGAAGGUGAGGUUGAUUCUGCCGAAUCGAUCGCUUAGCCAUCCGAUGCAAGGACGACCGAUGGCCUGGCCGAACAUGAAGAAUGCUGGAAUCAUCGAUGCUUGUGACGACGAGAGUCCAAUAACAUUUGCGUAAUUGGCGAGUGUGAAGAUGAGGACGAAAUAGCCUAGCAUACUGAAGGCGCCGUAACUUAAUACAAGAAGAUACUCCGGUCUGUGCAAAAGAGUCGUGUCAAAAGCAAGUCUCGUUGCUUGUGAGUUAUACCGGGUUCGUAUAAGCAGUGUACAGGUGAUGUUCGCCACCGCCGAUACGAUUGCAAGAAUCCGAUAUGCCCAUUCCAAGCCCAUGUUGCGAAUAAUAGCCCCGGUAGCGAGUGAGUACGUCAAUCCUCCGAGACCAGCCCCAGCGAUGGCAAUACCAUUAGCUAAAGCCCGUCGUCUUGUAAACCACUGCGAUAUAAUUCCAUAGGACGGUAAAAACAAUAGCCCCAUCCCAAUUCCGAAGAGUGCUCCCUGAGAGAGAAACAAUUGCCAUAUCUCAGUUGACAGGCUGGCACACACAAGGCUAACAGACUGUACUAUAGCCCCGAUAAGCAUCGUCGGUCUUGUACCAAGUUCUCUAGCCAUGGUAGUUGUGAAUGGCGAGAUGAGCAUCAUGACACCUACGCUAAGCGAUCCAGCGAUGGCGUACAUAAGUGGUGUUGUACCAGGGAAUGUAUUCUCUUCGACAAAAUGGGCGAGAAAGACAGAAUAUGCUGCGUUGAUACCCCAUGAAUGGCCGUUGACGAUAGCCACUGAAGUUGUGACGAUCCAGCCAUAUCCUCCAUCUGGGGCUUUUUCGGAAGUCGGCGAAAUUUCCUGCGUCUCCAAAUCCGGCUGCGUUGAGAUUUUUUUGUCGUUCAUGUUGAAAACGUUGGUGUUCGAGUCAAAAUAUGACUCUGCCUAGAUUUUAGACUAUAUAUCAUCUCAUAGAUUGUUAAUUGGGACAGCCAAUGU